GUUUAGUUGGCAGCUCCAUCUCAGUCCGUUCUUUAAGCUUCCUCUAUGGAUCACAAAAAAUCAUUUCGGCCACUCCACUCAUUAUUCCAGCCUUUUUUUCUUCUUCAUUUUACGAGUACCAAGUGCCCUGAAAGCGGAAAGUAGGUUAAGGCCUGCAGGAAUCCGAGAAGCUGGGGGUGGGGAAACAAAACCUGCACGUUCUCGCCCUCGGUCCACGCGCUGCGGGGCGGGGACAGGGGCCCUCGGGCGCGGUGCUUAGUCACGGCGACGCUGCACCCCGCUCCCGGCGCGCACUUCCGCGCAUGGCGCUGCUGCCCCGGGCGCUGGGCGUGGGCGCGGCCCCGAGCCUGCGGCGGGCAGCGCGCGCGCUCACCUGCGCCAUGGCGAGUCCCGGCGAGCCGCAGCCCCCGGCCCCGGACACCUCUUCCUUCGACUACCUGGUGAUCGGCGGCGGCUCCGGCGGGCUGGCCAGCGCGCGGCGGGCGGCGGAGCUCGGCGCCAGGGCCGCGGUGGUGGAGAGUCACAAGCUGGGUGGCACUUGCGUGAAUGUUGGAUGUGUACCCAAAAAGGUAAUGUGGAACACAGCAGUGCACUCGGAAUUCAUGCACGAUCACGUGGAUUACGGCUUUCAAAGCUGUGAGGGUAAAUUCAGUUGGCAUGUCAUCAAGCAGAAAAGGGAUGCCUAUGUGAGCCGCCUGAACACCAUCUAUCAAAAUAAUUUAACCAAGUCUCACAUAGAAAUUAUCCACGGCUAUGCAACAUUCGCAGAUGGUCCUCGGCCCACGGUGGAAGUCAAUGGGAAAAAGUUUACCGCUCCACACAUCCUGAUUGCCACAGGAGGCGUGCCCACAGUUCCUCACGAGAGCCAGAUCCCAGGCGCCAGCCUGGGGAUCACCAGUGAUGGCUUCUUUCAGCUGGAGGACUUGCCCAGCCGCAGCGUCAUCGUGGGGGCCGGGUACAUUGCUGUGGAGAUCGCGGGCAUCCUCUCUGCCCUGGGCUCCAAGACAUCUCUUAUGAUCAGGCAUGAUAAGGUACUGAGAAAUUUUGAUUCACUCAUCAGUUCCAACUGCACCGAGGAACUGGAGAAUGCCGGCGUGGAGGUGUUGAAGUUCACACAGGUUAAGGAAGUAAAAAAGACAUCAUCAGGCCUGGAGCUCCAAGUGGUGACUUCCGUGCCUGGUAGGAAGCCCACCACGACCAUGAUUCCAGAUGUUGACUGCCUGCUCUGGGCCAUUGGACGGGACCCAAAUUCUAAGGGCCUGAAUCUGAAUAAAGUGGGCAUUCAGACGGAUGAAAAGGGCCACAUCCUAGUAGACGAAUUCCAGAAUACCAAUGUCAAAGGCGUCUAUGCUGUGGGAGACGUCUGUGGGAAAGCGCUUCUCACCCCAGUUGCAAUCGCUGCUGGCCGGAAACUUGCCCAUAGACUGUUUGAAUGCAAACAAGAUUCCAAAUUAGACUAUGACAACAUCCCUACUGUGGUCUUCAGCCACCCCCCUAUUGGGACCGUGGGGCUCACUGAAGACGAAGCUGUUCAUAAGUAUGGGAAAGACAAUGUGAAAAUCUACUCGACUGCCUUUACCCCGAUGUAUCACGCUGUGACCACGAGGAAGACGAAAUGCGUCAUGAAGAUGGUUUGUGCCAACAAAGAGGAAAAGGUGGUUGGCAUUCACAUGCAGGGGAUUGGCUGUGAUGAGAUGCUGCAGGGCUUCGCUGUAGCGGUGAAAAUGGGGGCCACCAAGGCCGACUUCGACAACACAGUUGCCAUUCAUCCUACCUCUUCAGAGGAGCUGGUCACCCUGCGCUGAGAGCCUGGGGACCCAGGUGGCUAGCGGUGCGACCAGCAGGCCUCCGGGAGGAACCGAUCGAGUUUACGCCCAGCUUCUACAGAUCUCUGUAUUUUAAUCAGGAAUUUCUGGUGGUGUAAAUUUCCAGCUAUACACACGCACAGAAGAACUUAUGUAUCUAAUCAGAAGGUUGUUUUGUUAAUCCGGGGUUGGUUUUCAUUUGAUAAUAUUUAUAAUUAAUAUUUUGAUUUUUUUGUUGUUGUUUAAUUAACAGCCUUGUGUUUGUUGUGUUUUUCUUGCUUUGGCCCCAUUCCAAGUUUAAAUGUACAUGACAUACACUCAAGUUAGUGUACCUGAUGGAUGAAUAUUGCUGGCUAAUUUCUUUUAUUUUUUAUUUUUUUCCUUUUUUUAUGCAGCCCAAGGUGGCCUCAAACAACUCAGAAUCCUCCAGCUAUAGCCUCAUGGGUGCUGGAAUUCUAGGCCUGCAUGGCCUCUCCUGGCCUAGCUUGCUAGUUUUAUAUGAUGGGAAGUCUGCAGAAUAUACGUGGUAUUUUUGUUCUGUAUUGGAAAGCUGCCCCAAUGUUACCUCUCUAUUCUUGUUUUAUUCUUUGCUCUGUGUUAAAUGAUUUAAAAUGGUUUGUGUUAUUUUCAUGGAACAAAGUGCAUUAAAGUUAGACUUGAGGCUGGUUAGGUAAAGGAGAAAUGACAGUACAUGCAAGACGGAAGGCUGAGGCACUCGGGAGCCCUUUCUUCUUCUGAGUAUUCCUGGUUCAUUCAGUCAUUUCUGUAUCUCUGCGUUUGUUUUUUUUUUUUUGUUUUGUUUUUUAUGAAAACUGUUCCAAAUUUUUGAAAUUCACUGCAUUGUCUUAUAAAAUUUAUUACGAACUA